CUAAACGCACACCCGCCCAUCUUUAGAGAGAGAAAGUGAGAAACAAAGCAAGAAAGAUACAAAGAAACAAAGAAUUUAUAUAGAAAAAUCUUUUUAAUUUUUUAAAUUUCAUCACGGAUCGGACGCCCACCGAGUCGCCAGCGCAGAAUCGGAGAUCCAUCAGCAAGAUGGAGGGAGUUGGGGCCCGACUCGGGCGGUCCUCGACCCGGUACGGACCAGCCACGGUGUUCACUGGGCCGGUGAGGAAGUGGAAGAAGAAGUGGGUCCACGUAGCACCAUCCUCUAACACCAACAACGCUAGUUCUACCACCCAUCACUCUCAUCAGAUUAACGGCCACAACGGUACCUCUAACGGUAAUAACGGCUCGCAUCUCUUGCUUUACAAGUGGACCCCAAUUACCCAAAGCCAAAACACAGCCAUUAGCAACAAUAAUAACGCAGUCACCAAUGGCAAUGGGGGGGACAAGGUUUCUGCAAAGGACGACGAUGCAUUGGGGGCUAACGAGGAGCCGCCUCGCCGAAAAUUUAAAUACAUUCCGAUUGCUUUACUGGAAGAACAGCAACUUGAGGCUGCAGAACAGGUUGAAGAUGAAUCUAACUCUAUUGAUAAUGAGCCAACUGAAACAGAGGCCACUCCCAAGAAUGAGGUUUUAGAUGAGAAACCUGACAUUAAUGACGUUCCUAUGGAAGAAAAUGAGGACAAUAAUCAGGUAGUUUGCCAAGAUCUGAAUGAAAGCACUUUGGAUUUAAGUUUGGGCUUGAAUGCGCAUGAAAGUGAUAAUGGUUCUGCUUUAAAUACUGAAAAAACCAGAAAUGGUUAGUUGCAAAAGUAGGUUCAACUAUUGGUGAGCCUAUGAUUGGAGGUCUUCGAAAAAUGGCACUCAUAAACUUAAAAGGAGGAGCUAAUUUGUUGGUGUCUAAUUCUGAAUUCAGUUUUCCCUUUGGCUUUAUAUUUUACCUAUGGCCAUAUAGGGCAAGUGAAUUUCAGUGGCAUACGCAUGUACUACUAGUCUUCAUUUGAUGUUUCAUUGUUUAGCCGAUUGCAAAUUGCACCCAUUUGGUAUAAGAUGCAAAACUUAUACUUUCAAAAUUGAAAUGAUUGAAUUUUUUUCCGCGGCCAUUUUUGUUUACUUCUGAGACAGGAGAUGUUGUACUUGGAAAUUGUAGUGGGAUUUUAAACUUUUGAAUUAUUAAACAAGAACUAUGGUAAAGUUUAGUCUUA